AUGGUCAAAGAAUGGCGCGUGAAAGCCGGCGGUAAGCACAAGGCCGUGCACUUCCGGAAGCAGCCCUCUGCGGACGACAGCGAGCGGAAUGUGCUUGGCAUGCUCAAGGCGGGUGACAGCGUGUAUGGCGAGUACCUCUUCAUCAGGAGGGCGUCGCGCGAGUCGGGCUUCGCCAACCUCAGGCAUCUCGAGCCACAAGGUGGAACCAACUGGCUGGUCGCCAACGCGGAUGGCUUGUCCUCCACCAUGCUCAGGAAGCAGCCCAGCGAUGCCAACGACAGCAACGCUGGCGGCUAUGCCAUGGAUGGCGAGUUGGUGGAGGGCGAGUUUCUGUAUUGCAUGCGGCGCGGUGAGAAGCGCGGAGGCUAUGUCAAGCUGAAGCACCUUAAGCCCAUGAAGGAGCGUGCUGUCCGCCUCGAGCCACCCCCAGACCCGGUGGAGCUAGCAAAGCUGGCAGCUGCCCUGAGGUCCCCUUCUCUGCCGCGCUGGGCAGUGAUGGACGCGGGCCACGAUGGCGCUUGGCUACGGCGGGCGCCCAGUGGUGACCGCAGCUCGCAAAACAUUGUCUGCCUCGUGCCGAAUGGAGCCACCGUGGACGGUGAGUUGAUUCACCUCACGUGGACCAAGUCGGGCGAGAAAGGGUUCGUCCCCGUGCAGCACCUGGAGCAGCGAGGCCCGAAGACCUGGGCCUUGAAACGGCCGGGGCAGCUGCUGCGCGAGCCGGGUGAAGCUGGCAGCCAGGGUGUGGCCCUGGCAGAGGGAGAGGUGCUGGAAGGAGAGUUUGUCUAUGUCUCCUACAAGGGCGGCAAGCACCAGGGCUUCAUCAAGCGCCACUACCUGGUAGCCAUGGCCAUGCCAAAGGAGGAGGAUCCGCCCAGCAAGCGUCGCAGAGCGUGA